UGUUCUGUCCCAGGCUGGAGUGAGUGGCACUGCUCCUCUGGAGAGCACACGGUUAGCUCAACGGACGAGAGUCUCACAGUAGAGCUCCAGCGCGCGAGCUAAUCAGCAUCAUCUCUACCUGCCCCAUCCAGAACAGUUCACAGAAGGGAAAUACCAGGAAGAUAAUGACCUAAGAGUUGUCUUUUUGCAGUUAUUUGAAAUUCCAUAAAAAGACUGUGGAAUACAGCACUGAAUUCUGUAUUCCAGAGCAGUGUAUUCCUAAGCUUUUGGGGACAAUGGGGAAGAGCCGGUUGUUACUGUAUGCCCUCUGGGGUAUAAUGAUUUUUGGCCUAUUCCAAAAGCUUGAAGCUCAGGAUGCCCCUGCGCCAGCCGACCUUGUACUCUUAAUUGACGGAUCAGAGAACGUUGGAGCUGCCAACUUCCCCCUCUUCCGCGAUUUGGCUGUCCAAGUGAUUGAGGGACUUGCCGUGGGCAGGGAUGCAAUCCGUGUAGCCAUCGUGCUUUAUGGUGCCGACCCUGACAUUCAGUUCUAUCUCAAUAGCUAUGACAACAAACAGAGUGUCCUCAGUGCUAUCCGGGGUCUUAAGUACCCUGGCACUUAUGAGGCAAAUCUGGGGGCCGCUUUGGAGGAGGUGGCAGACAGUCUAUUGGGCCAAGAUGCAGGAGGCAGGGCUGAGGAAGGGGUACCCCAGGUGCUGGUGGUGAUAAGUGCGGGGAAGUCCAGUGAUGAUGUCAGUGAGGGCGAAAGGGUCCUAAAGCAGGCCAGUGUGUACACCUUUGGCAUUGCUGUGGGUGAUUCUGCUACUGCCCAACUGGAAGCUAUUGCUACAGACAAAAGCUUUGUUCUGCCCGCUCCUGAUGUCAGAACAGUGGCAGGCAUGGGUGACCAGAUACUGCCAUACAUUAAUGGGGUCGCACAGCGCUCCAUUAUGAUUGAAACAGAUUUCACAGAAGCUUUGGCUGUUGGGAAGAGAGAUAUCAUUUUCCUCAUUGACAGUAGCAUGGGUACCAUCGUAAUCAAUGCAGUGCGAGAAUUCAUCAAAAGGUUCAUUGACACCAUGCCAAUUGGUCCUGAUCAGGUGCAGGUCGGAGUGGCCAUGUUUUCCACAACCCCAAGAAUGGAGAUCAAUCUCAACUCAUUCAGUUCAAAGGAAUCACUAAUCUCUGCCCUCGCAAAAAUAAAACCCAAAUCUUCUGUUGAAGUCAACAUUGGUGCUGCCUUGGAUUAUGUGAGGAACAACAUGAUCACAGCUGAGAGUGGGAGUCGCAUUCGAGAUCAAGUGCCACAGCUUGUGUUGCUCCUAACCAGUAAAAAAUCCAAAGACAGUGUCCAACAGCAAGCUGAUGCCCUUCGUCAAAUGGGUGUUCUGACUCUGGCUGCAGGCUCCAGGGCUGCUGAUGAGGCUGAGCUCAAGCAAAUAGCUUUUGAUGAAAGUGUGGUUUUCAUGCUGAAGGACUUCAGGAUCUUACUGCGCAACCCCAAAGAAAUUAUCUCCCCUCUCUCUACAUUGUCUGGUAUUGUUGUAACAGAGGGUCCAACUGAAACAGUUGAUGUUACUACGGUCCACACCCAAAGAGUUGUCCGAGACAUUGUCUUCUUGGUGGAUGGAUCUAACUAUGUUGGAAAUAAUCAGCAAUUUGUGCUGGACUUCAUUACCGAAGUGGUAAACAGACUAGAUGUUCGACCUGAACGAGUGCGCAUUGGACUAAUGCAGUUUGCUGAAAGGCCCCGUACAGAGUUUUUUCUGAAUGCCCACAACACCAAACAGGAUGUGCUCUCUGCCAUCGCUCAGCUGAGAUUGAUGGGAGGACGUGCAUUGAACACUGGUGCAGCUCUAGAGUAUGCCCUAACCAACCACUUCAAGCCCUCUGCUGGGUCUCGUAGGAGAGAGGGGAUCCAACAGGUACUGGUUUUAAUAACAGGAGGACCAUCUCAAGAUGAAGUCAAGAGGAUUGCAGACAGGGUAGCCUUAGCGAGUGUUUUGACAUUUGCUGUUGGAGCUGGCCAAGUUGAAGAACGUUUCCUAAAAACUGUUGCUUUCGUUGAAAAUUUGGCAUACUACAGAACAGAUUUUGCUGACUUGUCAAGUGUCGUUGAUGAAAUUAUGACACCACUGGUCACUGUUGUUGGGGAGACUGAUACUUCAGUAACAGAAUUUGAACCAAUAAGUCCCCCUGGUGGAGAAAGGGAUGUUGCUUUCUUGAUUGAUGGCUCUGAUGAUGUAAGAAAUGACUUUCCUUAUAUCCGUGACUUCAUUUCCAAAGUUAUUGAGCCUCUGGAUAUAGGCUUUGAUAAAGUUCGAGUUUCUGUGGUCCAACAUAGUGAGAGACCAAGUCCUAACUUCUACCUGAAUACUUAUCGAACCAAAGAUGAUGUGCUGAGAGCUGUAAGUGGACUCAGUCUGGCAGGUGGCAGAAGUUUAAAUACCGGAGUCGCCUUGACUUUCAUGAAAAACACCAUCUUGUCACCAGCAAAUGGUGGUCGAGCUGGUCAAAAUGUUCCCCAAUUUCUCAUCGUUUUGACUGGGGGGAGAUCAAGAGACAGUGUUCGAGAACCUGCAGUUGCCCUAAAGACUGAGGGAGUUGUUCCUUUUGGUGUUGGCGUGAAGAAUGCAGACCCUAAACAGAUUGAGGCCAUCUCUCACAAUCCAUCAUUUGCUUUCAAUGUGAAGGAAUUCAGCCAGCUCAACACUGUUCAGGAAAGGCUCAAGAACUAUGUGAACCUGCCAGAUCAAGAACUGAAGGUCUUUCUAGAGGAAGGAAUUAACAAACGGGAUAUAGUUUUUCUCCUUGAUGGCUCCGAUGACUCCAAAAAUGGACUUCUUGCCAUCCGUGAGUUUAUCCGGAGAAUGGCAGAGGAUCUUGACAUUGACCAGGACAUUGUUCGAGUUGCUGUAAUACAGUACAGUGAAGAUGCUUUGACUCAUUUCCUACUUAAUACUUACAGUAGUAAGAAAGCUGUACUUUAUGCCAUUAAUGGGCUUACAGCAAAAGGUGGAAGAAAUCUAAAUACUGGGGCAGCACUACAAUAUGUCAGGGACAAUGUUUUUACUUCUGCUUCUGGAAGUAGGCAUCAACUAGGAGUACCUCAGUUGUUGAUUGUUAUGACUGGUGGAGGGUCCAGUGAUGAUGUGGCAGGUCCAGCUGAAGAUCUCAAAAAUAUUGGCAUUCUGUCCAUUGCCAUUGGAAUAAAGAAUGCUGUAGAGGCAGACCUCCAACGUAUAGCAUUCUCACCUAGAUUUCUUUUUAAUCUUCCAGCCUUUGGUGAACUUUUAAAUAUACAACCUGAUAUUCUAUCCUUUAUCAAAUCCAAAAUGGGAAUAGAACCCCCUACUAUUGUUGUUGAACUGGAUGCAGCUCAAAGAGACAUUGUCUUUGUUCUGGAUGGGUCUGAUGACACCAGGGAUGCAUUUAAACAAAUGUGUCAUUUUGUUCAAAGAGUGGUGGACAAACUCAAUAUUGGGCCAAGCAGAGACAGAGUGUCUGUAGUUCAAUACAGCAGCGAGCCACAGGUCCAUUUUUACCUCAACACACAUGCCACAAAGCAAGACAUUCUCAAUUCAAUUGAGAGUCUGCAACACCAGGGAGGAAGUCCUCUCAACACAGGAAGAGCACUUGACUAUACCAAAAAGAACAUAUUCAUUGCCUCUUCUGGGAGCAGAAUCCUAGAAGGGGCUCCUCAGGCGCUUGUGCUUGUGACUGGAGGAAGGUCUCAGGAUGAUGUUAGAGCUCCAGCUGCUGCUCUGAAAAAGGAUCAAAUUGUAACAUUCAGUAUUGGCAAUCAAAAUGCAGAUGUUAUUCAACUCCAGGCAAUUUCAUAUACUCCUGCCCAUACUCUUACUGUUCCUCAGUUUGAUGACCUUCAAACCAUUGAACAGAAACUUGUGUCAUAUGUAAAAAGAAUUCCUCGUCAGCCUAGGAGGCUUCCACAGACUACAACAGUGGAGUCACAAGGACCUAAGAAGGACAUCGUCUUUGUGAUUGAUGGCUCAGAAAGUGUUGGCAGAGAGUUCCCAAUUAUCCAGGAGUUUGUGCGCAGAGUUGUGGAGAACCUCAAUGUUGGCGAGAACAAGAUCCGAGUAGGUGUGGUGCAGUAUGGAGAUUCACCGUAUGCAGACAUAUACCUCAACUCACACAGAACCAAAGAAGGUGUCCUAAAUGGCAUUAAGGAACUCCGACAACGAGGGGGGAGACAGCGUAACCUUGGUCGGACAAUUGACUUUGUUAGUCGUGAAGUUCUGGCUUCUGGACGUGGUGGAAGGAAACAGGAAGGAGUUCCACAAUUUGUUGUUGUAAUUUCUGGAGGAAAAGCAACUGAUAAUAUAAGACCAUCUGCAACUGCACUAAAACAAUCUGGAGUCGUCCCUUUUAGCAUAGGAACAAGAGACGUGGACACUCGGGAAUUACAGGUGACAUCCUAUGUCCCCAGAUUUGCCUACACAGUUGAUGACUUGCCUGGACUAUAUACAAUUCAGGACACACUCAUCACCACCCUGACAGAGUUAUCUAGUGAAGAGUUAAACAAAUUGCGCCCUGAGUACCCUACAGAGUUUGUAUUUCCAGUACCAGUACCUCGUGGAGAUAAAAGGGAUGUUGUUUUCCUCAUUGAUGGCACAUCAAAGAUGCGGAGUGAGUUUCCUGCCAUAAGAGACAUGGUUCUGCGAGUGGUGGAAAAGUUAGAUGUGGGUCUAGACGAUGUGAGAGUCUCAGUUGUGCAGUACAGUGAUGAUCCCAAAUUGGAGUUUCUUCUCAAUGAGCACUCCACCAAGGAUGAAGUUCGCCAAGCAAUACGAAGAAUGAGAAGCAAAGGUGGCAAUCAGCUUAACACUGGCCAAGCUCUGGAAUAUGUUUCAAAGAACAUCUACCAAAGAUCUGCUGGAAGCCGUGUAGAAGAGGGUGUGCCCCAGUUUCUUAUCUUGGUAACCGGAGGAAAGUCAAAUGAUGAUGUGUCUGGCCCUGCUAACCAACUGAAGUCAAGCCGCGUAGCUCCCUUAGCAGUUGGAGCUCACAAUGCUGACGAAGAGGAAUUAAAACGAAUUUCCUUUAGUCCAGAGCUAACAUACACAAUAAGAGACUUCCAGCAACUUCCAAGAGUGGAGCAAGAGCUUUUUACUAAAGUCAGUACCAUGACCAGAGAUGAAAUUGCAGCUCCCCCUACGCCUAGAGUCCCACUUGGUCUUGGAAGAAAGGACAUCAUCUUCCUCAUUGAUGGCUCUGAUAGUGUUGGACAGAGCGGUGUUGCUCACAUUCGUGACUUCAUCUUGAAAGUGGUUGAUCAGCUUGAUGUACGACCUGACCAAGUUCGUGUGGCUCUUGUGCAGUAUGGUGAAAGGCCUAAAACUGAAUUCUCUUUGAACUCUCAUGACAACAAGCAAUCUGUUAUCUCUGCAAUUAAGAGGUUGCGCCAUAUGGGUGGACGCGGUUCUGAUCUAGCUGAGGCAAUAAAAUAUGUAAUUCGAAACGAGCUCCAAGCAUCUGCUGGGGUACGUCUAACACAGGCUUCACAGCAUUUAGUUGUGCUAACUGGUGGAAGAUCAACCUCCGAUGUAUCUACUUAUGGCCCACUUCUCAAAGGCUCUCGCGUAAAUUGUAUUGGAAUUGGUGCAGAAAAUGCAGAUCCAAGACAACUGGAACAAAUUACUACCACUGCUGAUGAUGUCCUGCAAGUGUCUGCGUUCCCAAAUCUUCCGAACAUACAGAGCAAGUUUAUAGCCAGACUUAAUGGAACGAUUAUAGAGGUGACUCCCACUGAGGAGCCAGGUCCUGUGCUCCCACAGGCCAAGACUGCUGAUAUUGUGUUUUUGGUUGAUGGCUCAAUCAAUCUUGGCAGGGACAAUUUUAAAGAAGUCAUGGAAUUCAUUCUUAAUUUAAUUGACCUGUUCUUCACUGAGAGAGACAAUCUUCAAAUUGGUCUAGCACAUUAUGCUACAGAUGUGACUGAUGUUUUCUACCUCAAUACUUACAAAAAUAAGGAUGACAUUAUUAAUGCCAUAACUCGAGCCGAGUACAAGGGAGGUCGGGAAAUUAAAACAGGCAAUGCUAUUCGCUAUGUUCAGAAAACACACUUUGUCAAAGAAAGAGGCAGUAGAAAGGAUGAGGGAAUUCCACAAAUUCUGAUGGUAGUCACUGGUGGACGGUCAAGGGAUGACAGCAAAUCAGCGGCACUAGCUCUCAAAGCUAGUGGUGUGCGGAUCUAUGCUGUUGGGGUGGGUGAUAUUGAGGAUGAGCUCAAUAAUUUGGGCAGUGAAGCUACUACAGUGGCCCGAGCCAGCACCUUCCAAGAGCUCUCUGAACUGAAUGAGCAGAUUUUGGAAACACUGGAUGAUGAGGUGAAAGGAGUUGAUCUGUGCACUGGAGUAAAGGAAACUACAAAAGAAUGCAAGCUGAAUGUUCUUGUGGGGUUUGAUGUGGCUGCACAGAACAUCUUUGCUGCUCAGAGGACAUUAGAGACGAAGGUGGCUACUAUUGUCCAACGCAUUACCCAGAUGCAGCCCAUCAGCUGCACUUCUGGCCAGGUUCCCUCAGUACAAGUGGGCUUACUAGCAAUGGACUCUGCCUCUGAACCUGUUCAGCUGGACUUCACCAACAGAUACUCAGAGCUUAUUGAGCCCUUCAAGGCCCUGCGAAACCGCGGACCUUUCGUUCUAAAUGCUGCCACAAUCAAAGCUUAUGCCGACAGAUUCAAGAGUCAGCCUUCAGAUAGUGUUAAGGUUGUGAUCCACUUAACUGAUGGAUUAGAUGCCCAAUAUAACAUCCUGAAAGAGCGAGUUGAACUGAUGCGUUCAGCUGGUGUGAGUAGUUUUAUUCUUGUUGCCUUGGAGAGAGUGCCACGAUUUGAGGAUGCAGUUCUCUUAGAAUUUGGCCGUGGCUUUAGGUACACACGACCUUUACGUGUCAACCUCAUGGACUUGGAUUAUGAACUUCUCGAAGAACUUGAUAACAUUGCUGAGCGGGAGUGCUGUUCUGUUCCAUGCAAGUGUAAUGGCCAGAGAGGGGACAGAGGGGCUGUUGGUAUUCCUGGACCAAAGGGUCAAUCUGGCGGUCAAGGCUUGAGAGGACAUCCCGGUGAUGAAGGUGGUCCUGGAGAAAGAGGUCCACCUGGUGUAAAUGGAACUCAAGGAUUCCAAGGAUGUCCAGGUCAAAGAGGUGUUAAAGGAUCUCGAGGAUACAACGGUGAAAAGGGUGAAAUUGGAGAGAUUGGUUUAGAUGGAAUCAAUGGAGAGGAGGGUAAAAGUGGUGUUGCUGGCCCUCCAGGAAACAGAGGAAACUCUGGCCAAAGGGGACCUAAAGGGGCCAAAGGGCAGGCAGGAGACGUUGGUCAGACUGGAAUCCGUGGUGAUCCUGGCAUCCCAGGAAGAGACAACCUUCAGAGGGGACCAAAAGGUGAUCCAGGCGAUGCUGGCCCACCGGGAGAGCCAGGGGUGGACGGAAAUAAGGGAGGACCUGGUGAACCAGGCAGAAGGGGCGCUGAUGGUAGAAGAGGUCCUCCUGGUCAAGCGGGUGCUGCUGGAAGGCCAGGAAGUGAUGGUUUACCAGGAGAGACAGGAAUUGGAGGAUCUCGGGGUUCCGCUGGACCAAUUGGAGCACCUGGUAUAAGAGGAGAGGAUGGAAACCCUGGUCCAAGGGGGCCAGGAGGACUGCCAGGAUCUGCUGGAGAAAAGGGUAGAAGAGGUGCCAUUGGCCGGAAGGGUGAACCUGGGGAGCCAGGACCUAAAGGUGUUGUUGGACCCCCGGGACCCCGUGGGGAGCCUGGUGAAGAUGGACGAGAUGGGUUUGGUAUACCUGGUCCCAAAGGACGAAAAGGUGAUGAAGGUUUCCCUGGUUUCCCUGGUCCAAAGGGUGAAGCAGGUGACUCUGGUUCAAAAGGAGGAUCUGGACCUAGAGGAAACAAUGGCCAGAGAGGUACCUCAGGGGUACCUGGUGGACCUGGACAAAAGGGAGAUAUUGGAUACCCAGGGCCCUAUGGUCUAAAAGGACCCAGAGGAACUGGUGCAGUGCAAUGUGAACUGGUCAAGAAAAUUAGGGAUAACUGUCCCUGCUGCUAUGGUGCUCAGGAAUGUCCUCUAUACCCUACUGAGUUGGCCUUUGCCCUGGAUGCAUCAGAUGGUGUAUCACGCUCUGCUUUCAACAAUAUGCGUGACACUGUUCUCCGCCUGGUCAGUGACAUCACUAUCGCUGAGAGCAACUGUCCCCGAGGUGCCCGUGUUGCUCUAGCGCUAUACAACAAUGAGGUGACUACUGAGAUCCGCUUUGCAGAUACCCAGAAGAAGCGGUCACUUGUUGAGCUAGUUCAAGGGCUCCAGAUUCAGCAGACCCGUAAGCAGCGCAGCUUGGAGACAGCCAUGAACUUUGUUGCACAGAACACAUUUAAGAGAGUUCGCAGUGGGUUUCUUGUGCGCAAGGUUGCUGUUUUCUUUGUCAACGGCCCUGUGACAGUGAAUCAAGAAUUCAGUGCUGCUGCUUUGCGCCUCUAUGAUGCAGGAAUUUCCUCUGUAUUCCUUCUGAACCGUGAAGAUCGCCAACUCACACGAGCCUUGCAGCUUAACAACACUGCCAUAGCCCAGAUUAUCGUCCUACCCUCACCUGGAAGUGCUGAAUACAACAAUGUCAUCAAGAAGGUCAUGACCUGCCAUAUUUGCCUAGAUUUCUGUGCCCCGGAUCAAAUGUGUGAUUAUAUCUCACAUCGUGGAGUUCGGGACCGGAGAGAUCCAACCACUGACUUAGACAUCGACAUGGCCUUUGUUCUUGAUAGUUCAGAGAGCACCUGGCCCUCCGUCUUCACAGAGAUAAAGCAAUAUGUGGCUCUAAUGACAGAACAACUUGAGAUGUCCCCGGAGCCAGCCAGCACUACCCAUCAUGCUCGAGUAGCACUUGUUCAGCAUGCACCUUAUGAAUACUUGCACAAUGGCAGUGGCAUUCCCAUCAGCGUGACCUUUGGUUUGACAGAUCACAAGUCACCAAACAGUGUCCGAAGCUUUCUACAGGAUAAGGUGCACCAGCUUGAAGGAGGACGGGCCCUUGCGGAUGCUCUUGAAGGCACUGUUGAACAUGUGUUUGAGAAGGCGCCACAUCCCCGCCAUCUGAAGGUAUUAGUUCUGAUGGUGACUGGACCAGUUGAACUGCAUGAGGAGAGGAUAAUAAGGGCAGCCACUGAAGUUAAAUGCAAAGGAUACUUCAUAGUGGUGAUGGCAGUUGGAAAGCUGUUCAGUGCAGGUGAUAUCCGUGUUUUGGCCCAAGUGGCAAGUGAGCCUUCAGAUGUAUUUCUUAAGAGGGUGGAUAGACCUUCAGGCUUCUAUGAUGACCAUAUUCAGACAUUUGCCAGACUGUUGCCCAAGUAUCUUGGCCUUGAAAAUGCUUUCUACUUGUCACCUGAAGUCUCUAAGAAGUGUCAGUGGCAUCAGAGUGACCAGCCACACAAAUUCCAAUUCAGUUUGCCAAAAACAGAUGAGAAACACCAGAAGCAUCAUGGACAGGAAGAGGUUCAUGACAGAACACAUAAAGAAACAGGUAUGGAGAAAAUGCAUCUGGUUAACGUCACCUCCAGCGGAUUCUCCUUGCAGUGGUUGAGUGGCGAUUCAAAGGCCACCCAUGAGGUUACUGUUACUCGCCUGAAGGAUCAUAGUCUGGUGCUGAGGAAAAAUGUGACUGGCAGCCAUCUCUCCAUUUCUGAGUUGGAGGCAGCCGAAACCUAUCAUGUAGUGGUCAAUACUCACAGCGUCAGUGGUCAUGUUUCCAGCACCUACAAAGGCAUUGUUCCCACAAAAUCGGCACAUCUGAAGGUCCUUACUGUAAGUGACGUGAUGGGGAUUGUGCCCACUGCACCCUUAAGUAAACCAGAAACAAAAUCAGCAGAACAAAAAAUGCUUAAUCCCAGUGAAAUGAUGGGGAUGAUGUCCACUGCACCCUUGAGUAAACCAGAAAUUAAAUCAGUGGAACAGAAGGUUCUUACUCCAGAGAUAGAGAUUGCACCCUCUCCACCCUUGAGUAAAUCAGAAAUUAAAUCAGCAGAACAGAAGGUUCUUAUUCCAAGUGAAGUGAUAGAGAUUGCACCCUCUCCACCCUUGAUUAACGCAGAAAUUAAAAUGGCAGAGCAGAAGAUUCUGAGUGAAGCAAUGGGGAUUGUGUCCUCUGCACCCAUAAGUAAACCAGAAAAACUUAACAAUCUUAUGGACCCAUGUUCACUUGACUUUGACACUGGACUGCCAUGCAAAGAUUACCAAGCUAAGUGGUACUUUGACAGAAAGAAUGGAUUCUGUACACAGUUCUGGUAUGGAGGUUGUGGAGGAAAUGACAAUAGGUUUGAGACUGAGGCUGAUUGCCUCAAACGCUGCAUGAAGCCAGUGCCUGAAGCUAAAGCAAGUGAAGAGCAUGUCAAAGCUGUUCAACCCCCAGCACCAGCUCCAGCUGCCCUGCGCUCCAGUGUGGAUAUCUGUAAGCUACCAAAAGAAGAGGGCUCCUGUACUAAAUUUGUGCUUAAAUGGCAUUAUGACCCACUUAGUGGAAACUGUACCCGCUUCUGGUAUGGAGGAUGUGAAGGGAACCCGAAUCGCUUUGAUACACAAGAUGAGUGUGAGAAGGCUUGUGGAAAAGCAGCACCUGUUAAACGAGGGAUCAUCGCUGCAGUUAAAACAUAGGAACUAAUGAAGACUGUAAGCUAACCGCUGACAACACUCAGAGGAUAUAGCACCUAAAACAAGAAGCACAGCCACAGCCAAGAUGCCUGCACUGGAGCUAGCCAGAGGAUUGAUCCAAAGAAAACCUUGAAGUAGUAUUUUCCACAUUUAAAAAAAUGUUUCUUUGUUUCGUGCUGGUGCUACAUUCAGUUUUUUUAUUGUUUUGUUUUUCAUGUGUGUGUGUGGGUUUGAAUAAAACCCAUUGUAAAUGUCCAGGGCUAUUUUUUUAAAAAUGUUACGCUGUUUUAAUCAUGUGGUUUGCUUGUGGAAAUAUCUUGAUCAAAACAUAUCAGUAAAUCUUUGUAGUUAUGAGACAAUUCAUGACAAUUUAGUUCCAUUUUAGUAAAUUUUGCUAAAUUACUACAGAGCCCUUAUUACGUUUUUAGCAUUUUUUUAACUGCUUGAGAGGAAGAAUUUUUAUUGCUCUUUCUGGUCAUAUCGCUGGAGAUCUCCACUGACUCUAAAAUCUCCAAACAAUUUUUUUUUGAUGUUUGAUCAAAUUUACAUCAUCUGAAACCAAGAAAGUAAUUUUUUUAAUAAAUAUGCAUUUUUGGAACCAUUGCCUUACACACAAGUUUUGGUUUCAAAAAGCAAUUGGAAUGUAUUUUUUAAACUGUAUGGGGUGGUGUUUUUUUUUUUAAACUUUGUAUUUCAGUUGGAAAUGGGCAGAUAUAAAUAAAAUAGUCUUUAUAUAAAACUA